GGAUCCGCUUUAUUCUCACCGGAGUAUAUAUGCUACGCCAGGGGAACAAUUACUCCCGGGAAAGCUCCUUUACCUUCCGCAAAUUCCUAGAGAGAGAGAGAGAGAGAGAGAGAGAGAGAGAACAUGGCGGCGAAGUUGAUCUCGCUGGCGUGUAUCAGGGGGGAGAGCAGCAGUACCUCCCACGGAAAUUUAUCGCCGCGGCCGCACUACCCCUCGAUGCCCAAGUACCCCAAGGGGUUCUUGCCUCUGGAGCAGGAGAAGGGCAUGGAGGGACCGGAGUCGAAGGCGCUGUUUUCGGUCGUUGGGAUGACGUGCGCGGCCUGCGCCGGGUCCGUCGAGAAGGCCGUCAAGCGGCUGCCGGGAAUCAGAGAGGCCGUGGUUGAUGUGAUGAAUAACAGGGCUCAGGUCAUGUUUUACCCCAGCUUCGUUGAUACGGAAACAAUUCGAGAGACCAUUGAAGAUGUCGGAUUUCAGGCCACAUUGGUUGAAGAUGAGACAAAUGAGAAAUCCACCUAUGUGUGUCGGAUACAGAUAAAGGGCAUGACUUGUACUUCAUGUUCUACAACUGUUGAAUCUGCUUUGCAAGCAGUACCUGGUGUUCAAAAAGCCCAAGUUGCACUGGCAACCGAAGAAGCAGAAAUCCGGUAUGAUCCGAAGGUUGUCAGCUACAAUCAGCUAAUAGAAGCCGUGCAAGACACUGGGUUUGAAGGGAUUUUGAUAAGUACAGGAGAAGAUAGGAGCACAAUACAUCUAAAAGUUGAAGGAUUAAGGACUAGAACUAAUUCGAUGAGAUUGAUUGAAAAUUCACUUCAAGCACUCCCAGGUGUUCAAGAGGUAGACAUUGACCUAGAGCUCAGUAAAGUUUCCAUUUCUUACAAACCAGAAUUGACAGGUCCUAGAAAUUUUAUCGAAGUCAUCGAGUCAACAGCAUCUGGGCGUUUUAAAGCCACGAUUUUCCCCCAAGGAGGAGGAAGAGAAUCCCAUAGAGAGGAGGAAAUAAAGCAGUACUAUAGAUCCUUUUUGUGGAGCGCGGUGUUUACAAUUCCAGUUUUCUUAACCUCUAUGGUGUUUAUGUAUAUCCCUGGACUCAAGGAUGUUAUGGAUACUAAAGUGGUGAAUAUGCUUACUGUAGGAGAGCUUAUAAGGUGGGUCCUAUCUACCCCUGUUCAGUUCAUUAUUGGCCGGCGAUUCUACACUGGUUCUUACAAAGCACUGCGUCAUGGUUCCGCCAACAUGGAUGUUUUGAUUGCCUUGGGAACAAAUGCGGCCUACUUCUAUUCAGUCUACUCCGUAUUGAGAGCCGCAACUUCGUCAAAUGUCAAGUCCAUGGAUUUCUUUGAGACUAGCGCCAUGCUCAUUUCUUUUAUUUUGCUUGGGAAGUAUUUGGAGGUUUUGGCCAAAGGAAAAACAUCUGAGGCAAUCGCAAAGCUCAUGGACUUGUCCCCUGACGCCGCUAUGCUGUUAACCCUUGAUAGUGAAGGAAAUGUGAUACGUGAAGAAGAAAUCGAUAGUCGGUUGAUACAAAAGAAUGACGUGAUUAAAAUCAUUCCAGGUGCAAAAGUGGCUUCAGAUGGAUAUGUCAUAUGGGGGCAAAGCCAUGUAAAUGAGAGCAUGGUUACAGGAGAAGCACGACCAGUGGCAAAGAGGAAGGGUGAUACAGUCAUUGGAGGCACAGUGAAUGAGAAUGGUGUGUUACAUAUUAAGGCAACUCGGGUUGGAUCAGAGAGUGCACUAGCACAAAUUGUUCGGCUCGUCGAAUCUGCACAGAUGGCUAAAGCUCCAGUGCAGAAAGUUGCUGAUCGCAUUUCCAAAUUUUUUGUGCCUCUGGUUAUAGUUGUAUCUUUUUCCACUUGGCUUGCCUGGUUUUUAGCUGGGAAGUUUCAUGGCUACCCGAAAUCUUGGAUACCUUCCUCCAUGGAUAGCUUCGAGCUUGCGCUGCAGUUUGGCAUCUCUGUUAUGGUCAUUGCAUGUCCAUGUGCUCUAGGCUUGGCCACUCCCACUGCUGUUAUGGUUGGUACUGGUGUUGGUGCUUCCAAAGGUGUCCUAAUUAAAGGGGGUCAAGCACUAGAAAGUGCAUACAAGGUGAACUGCAUUGUCUUCGACAAGACUGGAACUCUCACCAUGGGCAAGCCAGUAGUUGUUAACACAAGGCUCUUAAGAACUAUGGCGCUUCGGGAAUUCUAUGAACUGGUUGCAGCAACUGAGGUGAACAGUCAGCAUCCUUUGGCCAAGGCCAUUGUUGAGUAUGCCAAGAAAUUCCGAGAAGAUGAAGAGAAUCCUUCCUGGCCGGAAGCUCAAGACUUCAACUCCAUAACCGGCCACGGAGUGAAAGCCAUUGUUAGGAACAAGGAAUUGAUUGUAGGAAACAAGAGCUUGAUGUUGGAAGAAAACAUUGUCGUCCCAGUCGAUGCUGAAGAAAUGCUAGCGGAAACUGAAGGUUUGGCUCAAACUGGGAUUCUUGUAGCUAUAGACAGGAAGCUAGUUGGAGUGGUUGCCAUUUCUGAUCCAUUGAAGCCCAGUGCCGCUGAAGUCAUUUCCAUUCUCAAGUGUAUGAAUGUCAGAAGUAUAAUGGUAACCGGUGACAAUUGGGGAACAGCCAAAUCAAUUGCCAAGGAAGUUGGAAUUGACAAUGUAAUUGCAGAAGCCAAGCCCGAGCAUAAAGCAGAGAGAGUAAAGGAAUUACAGGCUUCAGGCUAUAUCGUGGCAAUGGUGGGAGAUGGAAUCAAUGACUCCCCAGCACUUGUAGCUGCAGAUGUUGGAAUGGCAAUUGGUGCCGGGACAGACAUUGCCAUUGAGGCAGCUGACAUUGUUCUUAUGAAAAGCUGCUUAGAGGAUGUGAUAACAGCCAUUGACCUUUCAAGGAAAACCUUUUCGAGGAUACGUCUCAACUACAUUUGGGCUCUGGGUUAUAAUAUCAUUGGCAUCCCGAUUGCUGCUGGAGUCCUUUUUCCAUCCACUAGAUUUCGGUUACCCCCAUGGAUUGCCGGAGCUGCAAUGGCUGCCUCUUCGGUUAGUGUUGUUUGUUGCUCUCUCUUGCUGAAGAAUUACAGAAGACCCAAAGUUCUGGACAACCUUGAGAUAAGAGGAGUAAUCGUUGAGUAAAACAACUAUGAUGGUGUUAAAACUAAGCUGCUUUUUUUUGUAUUUUUGUUUUUUGUAUUUGUAGAAUCUAUUUGAUGUUGAAAGCUUGUUAAUAGAGUGAGGUUGAUUGCCAUGCCAUGUAUGUAUCCCAUACCCUGUUGUAGACUAAAGUCUUGUGUACCUGGUACAAUAUUUAAUUUGCUCCAUUUUAAGUUAAAAUGGUAUAUGAAUCCUUGUAGCUUGAGUAGCUAAAA